CAUUGGAAAAGUAUAAUAUUGAGAAAGAUAUCGCCGCUUAUAUCAAGCGAGAAUUUGAUAAACGAUAUGGAACAACAUGGCAUUGUAUUGUAGGAAAAAAUUUUGGAAGUUAUGUAACUCAUGAUGAAUUAAUGAAUAUUUCAUAA